AUGCUACAUGUCAACAAAAACACAACAUCGACAAGCAACGUUCCACAAGGAGCGUCGCCGCCCCGACAUGGCAAAAGCGUCUCCGCAUCUAGGAAAGGAAGUGAAACCCAUGGAAAAAAGGCCCACAGGUCCUUCUUUUCCAAAAGAGUUGCUAUCCUUUUCAUUGUUUCUGCUUAUAUCUUUUUAAAGGUAAGUCCAGCACAAAAGGAGAAAAAUGCACGCAUCAAGAUGACUUCGAAAGACAAGAAGAAACCCUGCGACGAUAUCGACCAACCUUAUGAAGAACCCUGCGACGAUAUCGACCAACCUUAUGAAGAACCCUGCGACGAUAUCGAAGGAGUAUAUUCUGACGAACAGUGGGAGGAAGCAGGUGGACAGGGUGAUUAUGAAGAGCAGGAAGAAGAAGCCAUUCUAGAAGAAUGGACACCAGAUGAGCAAGAGGUACAAGAAGAAGUACAUUAUGAUGGUGAAAGGAACAUAGAACAUGAUGCAAGGGAACAAGUAGUCGAUAAUGGAGACAUAUUAACUGCCGAAGAAUCAGUCACUGAGUCUACAGAAUCAAUCGUUCUGGAUAUGGAACCACUCGUUCAGGCUAAGGAAGCAGCUGCAAAGGACAAUGCAGAAUCUGUUACGGGAGCAACAAAAGUUCCCGGACCAGCAACAACGCAGGAAUCAGAUGAACAAGUAGGGGUCAAAAGACAUGACGUCCUAGCUGAUGCCAUAUAUGAUGAUGUCUCCACAGUCCCCAAAUCACAUGAUGCGCUAGAUAAUGAUGACAAGACCAGGCAAGGGAGGAAGCAACAAAGGAUGGGGAAAGGACAUACAAUCGAGAAAUAUGAAGGCAACGUAGCAGAAGAUAGAGAAAAAUAUGGAAUCCAUAGGUCGAUUGAAUUCCACUACGAAAUGUCUUGUUUCGAUGAAAGAUUGAGCGAUUCUGAAAUAAAUAAAAAAUUAGAACAAAUGGAAGAAGAACCUCAUACAUGGGAAUUACUGUCCCUAUACUGGCAAUCAUACAGAAAUGAAAGAAGUAAAUAUCUGAACCAAAAACUCUUAAACCCAAGAAACAACCAACCCAUUGAAACUAUCCAAAAAUAUAGCACGACCUGGAAUAAAUGUGAGGAGAUAAUUAAUAAUAACUUGACAAAACAACAUGAACAUGUUAGUGAAGUAUUUUAUACCAUAGUUGAAAAGGAAAAUUGGAACACACAUGAAUUCCAGAAGAUUUUAUAUGAUUUCAGAGAUUCAUGGAAACAAGUCACGCUUAAAACAGCAGACGAAUGCAUGGCCAUUAUUGAAGAACCAGUUUCUUUGGAAGUCAUAUACGUCGAGAAUGAUCCCCGUAAAAUAGGGAAAGGGGAUCCAGGCUUUACAGUUCCGGUUAUGCCGUAUGACUCCAAGGGGAAACUGGAUUCCAAAGUUGGAGCAGAUGAAUUGUCAGUGUCCUCACAGAAUGAGGAAGAGGAUGAAAAAAAAAAAAAGGAACCUAGAGGAUUCCUUAGUAAAUUAAGACAUAUGUCACUUACACGUGACGAAAGCUGCACCAUCGUUUGGCUCGCUUCCUCUUCCUAUAUAACAUUGAUGUGUGUCGUCGGGUCUUUUCUAGGUAAAUCAUUAUGGCUCGCAUCCGUGAUUUUAAUUCUAAUAGGCGUAGGACUUAAUCUGCCAAUUAUGGCAAUGAGGGCACGCCUUGCCUGGAAACACUCAGAUGAUUUGAGGGAUUUUUUAAGCUACAUAUCCUCCUUAAGAGCAAGAACAAGACGAAACAUCAGAGGAUUCUUUAGCCCAGUGACAAAUAUUAUAAAUACGAACAAAAAUUGGGUCAUUACCGCUUCCGCCUCUUUUGCCGUUUAUAUAACAAUGCUGUUUUUCUGUGCUUUAUUUGCGCCCACAAUAGCGGUUGCCCUAUUCGCUCUUGGAGCAGCAGAGAUCAUAGCAGUUAUUUUGUGGAUGGUGCUAUUGAGGUUCCACAAUGUAAGAAGAAGGUUAGAAAUGUCACAUAGAAAGUUGAAGGGCAAAACUUCCCGAAAAGGAAACAAGAAACAUCAAAUACCCGAGGAACCUUCACUGGAGGGUGGCGCUGACAUGCAAACACCAGAACAAAAUAAUCAACUUCCCGGCAGUCCUAGUGAAGAUCCCUUUAAGGAACCAAUCGUUCAGGAUACGGAAGAUGCAAAGGACAUAACACAAUUUCAUAGGGGAGAAACAAAAGUUCCUGGACAAGAAACAACCCAGGAAUCAUAUGGCCACAUAAGGAUCAGAACACUAUACGUCCCAGCUGAUGCUGUACCUGAUCAUAUCCUUAAAUGCCUGGAAUCAUAUGAGGAGAUUAAUUAUAAUGAUACGGAAAAACAAAAACAGGACAGGAAAAUGAAAAAGGCAGGACAUACAAUCGAGAAAUAUGAAGGCAAAGUAACAGAAGAUAGAGAAAAAUAUGGAAUCCAUAGGUCGAUUGAAUUCCACUACGAAAUGUCUUGUUUCGAUGAAAGAUUGAAAGAUUCUGAAAUAAAUAAAAGAUUAGAAGAAAUGGAAGAGGAACCUCAUACGUGGGAAUUACUGUCCCUAUACUGGCAAUCAUACAGAAAUGAAAGAAGUGCAUAUUUUGCUCUUAAAAAAUAUUUAAAAGAAAAAUUUUUAGAAUUCCAAAAAGAACAAACUAUUCCAACUCCCGCCACAUGUAUCAACAAAUGGGAAAAAUGUGAAGAAAUAGCUAGUAGUAACUUCUCAAAACAGCAUGAACAUGUUAGUGAAGUAUUUUAUACCAUGGUUACAAAGGAAAAAUUGAGCAGAGAUGAAUUCAAAGAGAUGUUAAAUGACUUCAGAGCUUCGUGGAAAGAAGUCAUUAUUAAGACAGCAGUCGAAUGUAUAGCUCAGUUUGAAGAACCAAUUUAUUUGGAAGUUAUAUACGUCCAGAAUGUACCCCAUGUCUUUGGGCUGAGGGUUGUAGAUGGUACGGUUCCGGUUAUAGCGCAUCACACUAGCGGGGAAUUAGAUUCAUCAGUUGGAGCACAGCGAUCAUCCCAAGUUUCACAGAAUGAGGAACAAGCCGAAAAAGCAGAAAAGAAGCCCGAGGAACCUUCACUGGAGGGUGGCGUUGAUAAGGAAACACCAGAACAGAAUAAAGGCCUCGCUAGUCCCACAGGAGAUCCUUCCAAGGAAACUGCUCCCGUUGACAAGUCGGAGAAAUCAGAAGCAACGAAGGAACCAGAAGUCGCUGAGAAGCAGGAAUCACCCGGGAAACAUAAACUACCGUGGUCACUGAAAUUACCUGAGCAACCAGAAGUACCUAAGAAACCGGAGGUACCUGGAAAAACAGAAGUACCUAAGAAACCGGAGGUACCUGGAAAAACAGAAGUACCUAAGAAACCGGAAACACCGGGGAAACCGAAACUACCGUGGUCACACAAAUUACCCAAGAAACCAUAA